UCUUUACCUUCCCUUCACGUAACGAAGAGGAACUUCUAUAAAGGGCAACUGGAAGACGCGAAAUGAGCCAAGAAACGCUCGCUUAUCUCUCUCCCUCCCUCCACAGCUCAUCUCUCUCUGCGCUCCGUCCGCGAUUGGAUCGAUCGGAGCUUGGCGUCGUCGGGGGGACAAAUCCGAAGCGCAUGAGCUGGUUGGGGAAGCAGGGCAUCCUGAAUUCGAGGUGCAACCAUUUCGUCGCUCGCCUCUUGGUCUUCGUCCUCCAUUUCUCGCCUCAGUCGCCUCCUUGUCUCUUCGAAUUCGAGAACAGGUCGUUGUUCGACCCUUUGCUGAGUCUGUCAAGUUCGAUUCGCUCCGGUAGCAGCAGUAGCAGCAGUAGAAGCGAUCGUUGUCGUUCGGACAUCGUCUCGGCAUGGAGUCUGGAAACAAGAGCUCAGCUUUGUGCUAUUCAUCUAGUACAAAUGGACGACAGGCAAGGUCAGCAUCAGUUAUUGUAAUAGGAGGUGGCAUUGCUGGACUAGCCGCCGCUCGUGCCCUUCAUGACGCCUCAUUUCAGGUCCUUUUGCUGGAGUCACGUGCCAGACUUGGUGGUCGAAUUCAUACUGACUAUUCUUGCGGUUUUCCUGUGGAUCUUGGGGCCUCAUGGUUGCAUGGAGUGUGCGAAGAGAAUCCUUUGGCCCCUUUGAUUGGGAGAUUGGGAUUACCUCUGUACCGAACCAGCGGUGAUAACUCUGUCUUGUAUGACCAUGACUUGGAAAGUUGUGCGUUCUUUGACCUGGAUGGCAAGCGAGUUCCUCAAGAAUUGGUCGCUGAAGUUGGCAAAACAGUUGAGAAUAUCAUGGAAGAGGCGAACAAAGUAAGGCAAGAGUGCAGUGAAGACAUGUCCUUACGACGGGCUUUCUCACUAAUUUUUGAACGGAGGCCAGAGUUAAGGUUGGAAGGGCUUCACUUCAAGGUACUACAGUGGUAUCUCUGCAGAAUGGAAGGCUGGUUUGCUGCAGAUGCUGAUAACAUCUCGCUGAACUGCUGGGCUGAGGAAGAAUUGCUGCCUGGUGGACAUGGAUUGAUGGUUAGGGGUUAUCUCCCUGUUAUAAACACCCUUGCUAAAGGUCUCGAUGUCCGCUUGGGCCAUAGAGUUACCAACAUUGUGAGGCGUUACAAUGGAGUGAAGGUAACUGUAGAAGACGGGAGAACGUUCGCCGCGGAUGCUGCAAUUAUCACUGUGCCUCUUGGUGUGCUGAAAUCACAAAGCAUUAGGUUUGAGCCUAAGCUACCUGAUUGGAAGGAAGCAGCAAUUGCGGAUAUCGGUGUCGGGAUUGAGAACAAGAUCGUGUUGCAUUUUGAAAAGGUGUUUUGGCCCAAUGUGGAAUUUCUGGGAGUGGUUGCUGAUUCAUCUUCUAGCUGCAGCUACUUUCUAAAUCUUCACAGGGCAACGGGUCAUUCUGUUCUUGUUUAUAUGCCAUGUGGGCAGCUGGCUAAAGACAUCGAGCAGAUGUCUGAUGAAGCAGCUGCUAAUUUUGCUUUCAUGCAACUAAAGAAGAUCCUUCCCGAUGCUUCUUCCCCGAUUCGGUAUGUCGUGUCUCAUUGGGGUACAGACAUUAACUCACUUGGGUCAUAUAGCUGUGGUGUAGUGGGGAAGCCCCAAGAUCUCUUUGAAAAGCUAAGGAUUCCGGUGGAUAACCUUUUCUUUGCUGGAGAGGCAACAAGUUCGAGCUACCAAGGAUCCCUGCACGGCGCAUUCGCUACCGGUCUGAUGGCCGCGGAAGAUUGCCGAAUGCGGGUUUUGGAGCGGUAUGGGGAAUUGGAUCUCUUCCACCCAGUAAUGGGUGAGGAGGCUUCCAUCUCUGUCCCUCUCUUGAUCACCCGUAUGUAGUUCCAGGGCUGCCGCUCUACUCUUUACUGUGAGCAGAUCGCGCGUCUUUUGUUUCUGUCUUGGACAAUGGCUCGCACAUUGCUGCCAAUUUGAUUGGCCCAGUGGGAAACUUACAUGAU